UUGGCCCCAAUUUUUCGCAUCUCUCUAUCUUUUGUGUCAGAGUCCGACUCUUUUGCCGUCGCACCCUCACUCUCUCUCCUUUUGUCGAUUCCCACGCUCCUCUUCUGCUGUUUUUGUGUUGCUGGUACCAAGAUGGUUGGAAGUGUUGAUGGUUUAGCUAAGGAUUUGAGCAGCAAUGGAGCAGUUGAACCAUUGCCGGAGGAUUUUGAUGCAACAGCCAUAAUCAAAGAUUCUGUGCCUUCUGCAAUUGGCUGCAAUGGAAAGGAGGAGGGUCAGACCAAUAAGGGAAAAGAGAAAAGAGAAAUAGUACUGGGAAGAAAUAUCCAUACCAUGUGUCUAGAAGUCACAGAGCCUGAUGCAGAUGAUGACGUUACUGGGGACAGGGAGGCUUAUAUGGCAAGCGUGUUGGCCAAAUACAAAAGAGCUUUGACUGAAAGGACAAAACAUCAUCUAGGUUAUCCCUAUAAUUUGGAUUUUGAUUAUGGUGCACUCUCACAACUUCAGCACUUUUCCAUAAACAACCUGGGAGAUCCAUUUAUUGAAAGCAAUUAUGGUGUCCACUCCCGGCAGUUUGAAGUUGGUGUUUUGGAUUGGUUUGCCCAAUUGUGGGAACUGGAGAAAAAUGAGUACUGGGGCUAUAUAACCAACUGUGGUACAGAAGGCAAUCUCCAUGGCAUCCUAGUUGGGAGAGAGGUCUUUCCAGAUGGGAUUUUGUAUGCCUCACGGGAGUCACAUUAUUCUGUUUUUAAAGCUGCUCGAAUGUACAGAAUGGAAUGUGUGAAGGUUGACACUCUUUGGUCUGGGGAGAUUGAUUGUGACAAUUUCAAGGCCAAGCUUCUUAGUCAUCAGGACAAGCCAGCAAUUGUAAAUGUGAACAUAGGUACCACUGUGAAAGGAGCUGUGGAUGAUCUUGAUCUGGUCAUAAAGACACUUGAAGAAGCUGGAUUUUUGCAUGACCGUUUCUACAUCCAUUGUGACGGGGCUUUGUUUGGUCUCAUGAUGCCUUUUGUGAAAAAAGCUCCAAAAGUUACUUUUAAGAAGCCUAUUGGCAGUGUUAGCGUUUCUGGCCACAAAUUUGUGGGGUGCCCCAUGCCUUGUGGUGUACAGGUAACAAGAUUGGAGUAUGUUAAUGCCCUUUCAAGGGAUGUGGAAUACCUUGCUUCUAGGGAUGCCACAAUCAUGGGUAGUCGGAAUGGCCAUGCUCCCAUAUUUCUUUGGUAUACCUUGAAUCGGAAAGGAUAUAGAGGUUUUCAGAAAGAAGUACAGAAAUGCUUGCGAAAUGCACACUACUUCAAAGACCGCCUUGUUGAAGCUGGGAUUGGUGCAAUGCUUAAUGAGCUGAGCAGCACGGUGGUGUUUGAGCGGCCACAUGAUGAGGAAUUUAUUCGCAAGUGGCAGUUGGCCUGCAAGGGGAAUAUCGCACAUGUGGUGGUGAUGCCAAACAUCACCAUUGAGAAGCUUGAUGAUUUUCUGAACGAGCUUAUGGAGAAACGGGCUACGUGGUUUCAAGAUGGCAAGUGUCAACCUUACUGUAUAGCAUCAGACGUAGGUGAAAAAAAUUGCCUUUGUGCUCUGCAUAAGUAAUGGUAGCAUCGAAUAGUUUACAGCUGUAGUUGGAUUUUGGAGUGUGACUGUUCUAUCAGAAUUUUGAUGCAGAUAAUAACAUUUAGAAUCUUUUUGCUUCCCAUAUUUACUUGCCUCUUAAAUUU